AUGUUUAAAUCAAUAAUUGUAACUGGAGCGUCUCGUGGCUUAGGAAGAGCUAUAACCAUUCAACUGUUGAGGCACUUUAAUAGCAAUGUCGUGGCGAUUGCUCGUUCCGAAAAAGACCUCAAUAGUCUGAAAGAUCACGUUGAAAAAGAUCUCGGGUUAAUGGGAAGACUGGAAAUUGUGAUUGGUGAUGUUACCGACGACCAAAUUACCGAACGGGCUGUGCAAAA